AUGGACCCCGACAUAGCCGUCGAGAGGCUCAUGUCCCAGGAUACUUUUCAUGAAUUGAGAAGAGAGCGGGAUAAGAAAAAGGAGACUAAAGUUAAUCAGGAAACAAGGCCUCGACCAUUCCAGAAAUCUAUAUAUCAAGGAUAUAAGGCUAGUUCAGAUGGAAGUGGGCGAGACUCUACAGGCGGUUUCAAAGGUCCUGUCAAGAAGGAACCAGAGUUACAUGCUCCACUAAACUCAUCAGCCUUGGAUAUCAAGACAAGUGACACUACAGAAACAUUUUCUGCUACUGGCAAUGUUGCCCAGGCUGAUGCUAAGAACACCACUUCUCAGCCUCCAUCUCAAGUGCAGCAUGGUUGGGGUGGUAUUCUAGGCCCUUCCAUGGCUGAAAUAGUGAAGAUGAGCAGGCCUCAAGCUAAAGUUGGGAGCAGAUCUGUUGCAAAUAGCACUGCCAUGCCAGCCAUUAGUGAUUCAAUCAUCUCCAAUACACCAAAUCUUGCACCCAAGGAAUACAACAAAACUGAUUUUGCAUCAGAAGUAGGCCAUGGUGCAGCAGAUAAAUUGCCAAAUUGUGCUGUUGAGGUGCCCUCUGUACCUAAAGAUGCUUCCUCACUUGAUAUGUUACCUUCAGCAGAGGGAACAGAUGUUGGAGCCCCUUCCAUGAGUGCUAACGCACAAGGUUCAUCAACGCCAUAUGCCAAUGAAGAUGACAUUGAAAACGACGCAAAUUUGGAAGAGGGCAAUACAGAAAGCUUGACAACUCCUGGACAAGUUUCUGCUUCUGGUAAAGAUAUACAAUCAGAAUAUACUGAAGUUGUCAGUCAUCUGGAUGAAGGCUCGAUAGAGAAAACAGAUGACUUUCAGCUCAAUAGCCUUUCAUUUGAGCACAACCAAAAUCUGACUGGAGAUGUGUCUACAACGACAACACAAUUUGACCAUUUGACUCUGCAUGAGGGAUCAAAAUUGUCCGAUGAUGAUCCGGCUGUAAUAAUCCCUGAUCAUCUUCAGGUUUCAAACGCUGAUUGUGCACACUUGACGUUUGGUAGUUUUGUGUUUUUAACACUUGAUGCAUCCUUGACAACAAAACCUCUUGAUAGUCAUGGGGAUGUUGCAACAGUUCCUGAUGAUGAUUCAAUUGACCAAUCAGAUGGCAGGUAUGUCAUUGUUUGUGAAAGAGGCAGCAUUUCUAGCUUGCCAUCAACUUCAUCCCAGUCGAGCCAUGUGGAAGAGGCACGUGAGAAGCGUGACGAGAACAAGAUUGAUGCUUUUGUGGCUAAGCCUGUCACAACUACUGUUUUUCAAUACAUGAAGGGAGCAGAUCUUGUUGGCAUUGAGGAGGCUGUAAAUGACUUAAUGAAGAUUCUAACAGAAGGAAAUGAAAUGUCGAUGUCACAAGGCAAGAUAGUUUCCAUAGUUGGACUUGGAGGUCUUGGAAAGACAACCCUUGCCCAUGCAAUAUAUGGAAAGCUUAGAGCACAGUUCGAUUGUUGGGCUUUUGUUUCAGUGUCUCAAAAUCCUGACAUGAUGAAAUUAUUAAAGUGCAUGCUCUAUCAACUUGGCAAGAAAAACAGUGCAAAUAUCCAUGAAGAAAUAUUGGAUGAGAGGCUACUUAUCUAUAAGCUCACUGAAUUUCUUCAGAAGAGGAGAUACUUCAUUGUUAUCGAUGACAUACAGGAUAUCUCAAUCUGGAGAAUGAUUAAGUGUGCUUUGCCUGCUACUAAUGAUGGAUGCAUAAUUGUCACAACAACACGCGUUUUAGAUGUUGCUAAACAAGUUGGUGUUACUUACAGGAUGAGACAUCUCUGUCUUGAGAACUCUAGAAUACUGUUACAUAGAAGGAUAUUUGGAACUGGAGACAAAGGUAAAUAUGUUGAUGAUGAGUUGAUCGAAAUAUCUGAGAAGAUACUACAGAGAUGUGGUGGAAUACCCUUGGCUAUCAUUAUGAUAUCUGGAUUGUUGGCUACUAAAGGACGAAAUAAAAUAGAGUGGGAUAAGAUCUACAGGUCUAUGAAGUAUAGUGGUCCAGAUGAGGGGAAAAUGAAGAUGAUUGUGUCGCUAUGCUAUCAAGAUCUGCCAUCACAUCUAAAGACUUUCUUAUUGUAUUUAAGUGUGUUUCCAGAAGGUUAUGAUAUUGACAAAGAUCGUUUGAUACGGUUAUGGAUCGGUGAAGGUCUUAUCCAAUGCGGAAAACAAGAUGGGAGCCCAUUUGAGCUCGGAGAGAGUUAUUUUUGGGAGCUCAUAAAUAGAUGCAUGAUCCAACCUGUGUAUAAAAGGUGGUACUAUGACAUGACAGAGUGCUGUCAUAUGCAUGAUAUGGUACUUGAUCUUAUCUCUGAAGUAACAGGCAAAGAAAAGUUAGUUCCUGUAUGGAAUCAUAUGCAUCACACGUUUCAUUCACAGGAAGUUCAGUGGUUAUCCCUUCAAAACAGCAUGUUAGAUCAUGCUACCCAUUGGGCUACUAUGAACAUGCAAGGAGUGAGGUCAGUUGUUGUAUUUCCAUCUGCUGUUGAACUUUUGCCAGACCUUGCAUGCUUCAGAGAUCUGCUUGUGCUGGACUUACAAAGCUGUUGUCUAUCACAAGGCUGCAGUCUGAAGCAUCUUGGGAAUUUAGUUCACUUAAGAUACCUGGGACUGAGAGACACAGGUAUCAGUCACCUUUCUGAAGUUGGGAAGCUGCAAUGUUUACAAACGUUGGAUGUAAGAAGAAAUGAAAUUUCUAGCUUGCCAUCAACUGUUAAUGAGCUCAAGCAUUUGAUGUGCCUCCACAUUGACAGCUGGACAAGAGCGCCAAAUGGGAUUGGGACCUUCACAUUGCUUGAAGAGCUGUCAACGUUAUGCAUCCAGGACUCCACAGAUAUGAUAGAGGAGCUGGGCAAUCUAACAGAGCUGAGGGUGCUGGGUAUUGACUGCUGCACUGAAUGGAACGUCAACGGGGUGGAGAAAUCUCUAGUGGAGUGCCUGCACAAGCUGCAAAAAAUCCGGAUAUUAUCUAUCUCAAUGGUUGGUGAAUGCAGCUUGGAUGCCUGGGUCGCCCCUCAACAUCUCCUUAGAUUGGAACUAACCGGAUGCUGGCUAUCCACAGUGCCAGCUUUGCUGAAUGAUCCAUCGCUUCUUCUGGAGCUCUCUUUCCUGUCCAUGGAAGUGAGGAAGCUUGGGCAGGAGGAUCUGGAAAGACUUGGGAGGUUGCCGGCUCUCAGCUAUCUCGACAUAGAGGUGGGCAAUCAGAAGCUUGGAACUGUUCAGACAUUCACCAUUGGUGCUCGUUCCUUCCCGUGCCUUGUACACUGCACGCUUCGGGGAUACAUAGGACCCGUAGUGUUUCAGCAAGGAGCCAUGCCAGAGGUGGCAAGGCUUCACCUGGUGUUCCCCGUGCGAGAGAUCAGAGAAACUGCAGGCAUCAAUAGCGGUUUUGACUUGGGUUUCGGGAACCUGCUGCGGCUCCGAGAUGUAUCCUUUUUGCUCCGUCGGGGAGGUGCCAGCAAGGGCGAGGUGGAGGAAGCGGAGGCUGUGCUGAGGCAGGCAAUUGAAGGCCAUCCCAAUCGUCCCACACUUGAGAUACUCUGA